AUGGCAGAAAUAGCUAUUGCGAUUGCAACAAAAGUUGUUGAAUAUCUGGUUGCUCCAAUUGGACGUCCUUUUGGGUAUCUAUUCAACUACCGUAGCAACAUUGAUAAUCUUGUCCACCAAGUUGAGAAGCUGGGGGAUGUCAGGGCUGGGCUACAGCGUUCCGUGGAUGAAGCUAUCAAGAACGGGGAUGAAAUUGAAGCUGAUGUUGACAAGUGGCUUAUGCCUGCAAAUGGGUUCAUGGAAGAGGCUAGGAAGUUUCUUGAAGAUGGGAAGAAGGCAAACAAGAGUUGUUUCAUGGGGUUAUGUCCUAAUUUGAAGUUGCAUUAUAAGCUAAGCAGGGCAGCAAAGAAGAAGGCAAGGGCGGUUGUUGAAAUUCAAGGAGCUAGGAAAUUUGAGAGGCUGUCAUAUCGUGCUCCUCUGCCAAGGAUAGGCUCUACAACUCUCAGAGGGUACGAAGCUUUAGAAUUAAGAAUGUCAACUUUGAACCAAAUUAUGGAGGCCUUAAGGGAUGGUGAUGACAACAUGAUAGGGGUUUGGGGGAUGGGUGGUGUUGGGACGACAACACUGGUGGAACAAGUAGCUAAGCAUGCCAAGGAACAGAAGCUAUUUGAUGAAGUGGUUAUGGCAUCUGUAUUCCAAAAUCCAGAUUUGAGGAAAAUUCAAGGACAACUGGCAGACAUGAUAGGUUUGAAAUUUGAAGAGAGUGAAUGGGGAAAAGCAGCUCGAUUAAAUGAGGAUAUCAAAAAAGAGAAGAAGAUCCUAAUAAUUUUGGGAAUUCCUUUUGGAGAUAAACAUGUAUUGUCCAAUGAGAUGGGUACCCAGAAGGAUAUACCUGUUUUACAUUUACCGAAAAAAGAAGCAUUAGUUUUAUUUAAGAAGAUAGUGGGUGAUUCCAUUGACAAACAGGAUUUGCAAGCUAUAGUAAUCAAUGUGGCAAAGGACUGUGCAGGUUUGCCAAUUGCACUUGAAACAAUUGCAAAGGCUCUAAAAAAUAAGAAUGUGUCUAUAUGGAAGAAUGCUUUACAACAGUUAAAAAGGUCUAUGCCAACAAACAUAAGAGGAAUGGAUGCGAUGGUGUACUCAAGUCUGGAGUUGAGCUACAAGCAUUUACAUGGUGAUGAAACUAAGUCAUUGUUCUUGCUUUGUGGUUUAAUGGAUAAUGAUAUUUUUAUAGAUGACUUGUUGAAAUAUGUUAUGGCUCUACGAUUGUUUCAAGGAACUGAUACAUUGAAAGAAACAAGAAAUAGAGUUGAGGCAUUGGUUGACAACCUCAAAGCCUCAAAUGUGUUACUAGAAACCGGUGACAAUGCGUUUACGAGAAUGCAUGAUGUUGUUUGUGAUGUUGCCUUAGCAAUUGCAUCCAAGGAUCAUGUGUUUUCAUUGAGAGAAGGUGUUGGAUUGGAAGAAUGGCCAAAGCUGGAUGAACUCCAAAGUUGCAGCAAGAUCUCUUUGGCCUACAAUGAUAUCCGCAAACUUCCUGAAGGAUUGGUAUGUCCAGAACUUGAACCUUUUGUGUUAUAUCACAUCAGUGAUCCCAUUCUGAAAAUCCCAAAUACAAUUUUUGAAGGGAUGAAAAGCUCAAAGUUUUAG